AUGAACCUUUUCGGAACAUAUGACUCGACUGCUUUCCACGGCAUCUCAUCUCUUCAUGAUGCCAACAAGCACUUUCGAGCCAAGAAUGGCCUUUCCCUUGUGGAGACGAAGUUGAAGUCUCUGAUACUGCAACACGGUGUCGCAAAUCUUUUCGGGGUCGCGCUUGUCCAUCGCCAUUUCGACCUUGAAGAGGGAACUCUCCUUGUCGAGAAAGACAUGGUCACAGCUCCUUGGAAAUGUGACCGUUCCUUCACGAAGCACGGUGGGAGAAUUAUCCCGACAUCUUGGUUCUAUCAGGGGGAUAGACUCUAUCCUUACGAAUUCGCCUUUUUCCCGUGUUCCAAGGUCACACCCCCAGAGCUGGAAGAACAUACAUGUUUUGUUGAGGCGUUUUUUGAGGCUGUCAAACUUUACGGGCUGGAUGAUUUCGUCGGUCUCCGUCGUCUGUCUGGACAAGAAUCCACGGGAAUGCUGGAGUGCACCGAGGGAAAAGUGAAUAUCAUGUUUGCAAGCAACGAGAUCCCCGCUGAACUUCUUCAAAACGGAACUGAUACAAUGUGGUUUUUUGAUGGUCAGCCACCAUACCGCAUGUAUCGAUGUGCCUGUACAGAUGUAGGCGGUGCACUGAACCCGAACCACAAUCAUAUCGACCAGCCUUGA